AUGUCCUGUCCACCACCGCCUCCGCCACCUCUUGCGCAGCAGAGCUCUGAAGCGGCUGGCAGCCGACAGGGCCUUUCCUGGAAGGUGGGCCAGCAGCAAGGCCACCAGCAGCAAGGCCACCAGCUGCAAGGCCACCAGCUGCAAGGCCACCAGCAGCAAGGCCAGCAGCAAGGCCACCAGCAGCAAGGCCACCAGCUGCAAGGCCACCAGCAGCAAGGCCAGCAGCAAGGCCACCAGCAGCAAGGCCACCAGCAGCAAGGCCACCAGCAGCAAGGCCAGCAGCAAGGCCACCAGCAGCAAGGCCACCAGCUGCAAGGCCACCAGCAGCAAGGCCACCAGCAGCAAGGCCAGCUGAACGCUGCCCAAAGGCGCAACCAGACGUUCCGGGAGUCCUUUGGCGGACAGGUGCUGUCCUUUGAGAAACAAGUGGAGACAGUCUCUUUCAAGGUCGACAAGAUACAGGAGCAGCAGGACAAGAUGCAGGAGCAGCAGAACAAGAUGCAGGAGACACUGGCGAAGGGCCUGGCAGACUUGCAUAUGUAUACCCAGGACAAGGAGAAGCUGGUCACCUGCCAAUCCCAGCUGCAGGCGUUUACAAAGGCGAACAGCGAGUUCGCGGAGGAGAGCCGCAACUUGAAGCGGCAGCUGGAGGAAAGAGACACGAAGAUCAAAACCAUGCAGACACUUGGCUGCUGCUCAGAAACACUUCCUUUUUGUGCUUCUCUUGCUGUUCAUGCUCCCAGCUCGCUGUAG